AUGUUUAUCAAAGUGAUGUUUGGAGCUGGCUGCUGGGAGCUGGUGAACACCUGGUGCAGCCUGGUGACACUCACCGCCCACUUGAGGCAGAGAGGGCAGGUGCCUCCAGAUGCAACCAUUGCCCUCCUGGCUGAGGAUGGGCAUCUGGUAAGCCUGGAUGAGAGACUGGAGGGGGCUUCCCAGGCCCCUUCCAUGGGCAGCCCCCGGCUGCAGGAGCGUGGGACCUAUGUCCUUGUGAAGAUCAUUAAGGGGGAAGGUGGGGCCCCCACCCGCUAUGAGUCCCUACUGGAGAAUCUGGAUGACCAGUAUCCAGAGCUAGCAGAGGAGCUUCACUGCCUGUCAGGCCUACACCCCACGAGUGAUGGUCGGAGGAGGCGCACGAGCACACGGCGUGGCCAUCAGGAGCAAGGCCCCCUUUCAAGAUCACGCAGGAUGGGCUCCCUGCCAUCCAGGACACGCUAGUGGGGGCCAGGAGCCAGCCAGGUCCCGUGACCUGGCACAUCACGGCCAAGCGGCUGAGCUGGACUCUGAUCCAAGGGGGUUGGCUGUGACCUCUGCCGUGUGUGAUCAGGCCCAAAGAGCAGCCCAGGGGCAUUCUUCUUGCAAAAUCUAGACUUACUGAGAAGUUACAUCAGCUGGAGG